AUGGCAGGAAAAGUGAAAUGGGUUACUGAUAUCGAGAAGUCGGUGCUCAUCAAUAACUUCGAAAAGAGAGGGUGGGUCCAAGUGUCAGAAAAUGAGGACUGGAAUUUUUACUGGAUGAGUGUACAAACCAUUCGGAACGUCUUCAGCGUGGAAACUGGGUACAGGCUCUCGGACGACCAAAUAGUCAACCAUUUCCCCAACCACUAUGAGCUGACCCGGAAGGACUUGAUGGUGAAGAAUAUCAAAAGGUACAGGAAGGAGCUGGAGAAGGAAUGCAGCCCACUGGCCGAGAAAGACGAGAACGGAAAAUACCUCUACCUGGACUUUGUUCCUGUCACCUACAUGCUGCCCGCUGACUACAACCUGUUCGUUGAGGAGUUCCGGAAAAGUUCUUCCAGCACUUGGAUCAUGAAGCCAUGUGGCAAAGCGCAGGGGAAGGGCAUCUUCCUUAUCAACAAGCUUUCACAGAUCAAAAAGUGGUCCCGGGACAGCAAGACCUCCACGUUUGUGUCUCAGUCCAGUAAGGAAGCCUAUGUCAUCUCUCUCUACAUCAACAACCCGCUCCUCAUCGGAGGGCGGAAGUUCGACCUGCGCCUCUACGUCCUGGUGUCCACGUACCGCCCCCUGCGCUGCUACAUGUACAAACUUGGCUUCUGCCGGUUCUGCACGGUCAAGUACAGCCCAAGCACCAGCGAGCUGGAUAACAUGUUUGUCCACCUCACCAACGUGGCCAUUCAGAAGCACGGGGACGACUACAAUCACAUCCACGGGGGCAAGUGGACCGUGAGCAACCUGCGGCUGUACCUGGAGAGUACCCGGGGCAGGGAGGUCACCAGCAAGCUGUUUGACGAGAUCCAUUGGAUCAUCGUGCAGUCCCUGAAGGCGGUGGCGCCGGUGAUGAACAAUGACAAGCACUGCUUCGAAUGCUAUGGCUAUGACAUCAUCAUCGAUGACAGACUGAAGCCCUGGCUGAUUGAGGUUAACGCGUCCCCGUCUCUCACCUCCAGCACCGCCAACGACCGGAUCCUGAAGUACAACUUGAUUAACGAUACCCUCAACAUCGCGGUCCCUAAUGGUGAGAUUCCGGACUGCAAGUGGAACAAGUCCCCCCCAAAGGAAGUCCUCGGCAAUUAUGAGAUUCUGUACGAUGAGGAGCUGGCCCAGGGGGACGGGGCCGACCGGGACCUGAGAAGUCGUCCGGGGCAGUCGCUGGGCCCCAAAGGCAGCCGGUCAAGGGACUCGGGGAGAAGCGUCCUCACCACCUGGAAGUAA